AUGCAGUGCAAUCCUAAUACAAAUAUAAUCAGUUCGAACAUGGUGCUGGCAACACUCGGCAUCGCCCUGUCAUCUGGUAUUCGAGCGAAACGACAAUCGUUCGGAUGCUCAAAUUCGGGAAACAACGACCGUAUCAGAAUGCUGUUUCUGAAUGCUCAUAACGAAGCUCGGCUCAGUGUGGCCAUGGGUUUGGAACCGAACAAGUGUGGUUCACUGCCAUCAGCUAAGAACAUGUACAGAAUGGUAAGAUUCAGUAAUUCGAAGCCGAAAAUGCAGAAUUCACCCAGUACACCAUAUCCUAGUGUUGAUAUGAAUUCGACUCUUUUUUCCUUCAAUGGAUUGACGGUAUCUAUGAAUAUCGAAGAUAAUAUAGCAACGGCAUUGUCAACAUGGUGGGGCAAAGUCCGUCAAUACGGUAGCACUGAUCCUGAGAAUAAAUAUGUCGACUCCAAUCUCUACACAUUUGCCAAUAUGGUUCAUUCGAAAACUACUGGAAUUGGUUGUGCUUACAAGGUCUGUGACGUAACAAAACUUACGAUUACUUGCCUCUACAACAAGAUUGGUUACUAUACGAACGGUGUAAUGUGGGAAAACGGUACGGCCUGUACAUCGGCAUCCGACUGCACGACGUACCCUGGUUCAACUUGUGAGGGAAGACUUUGUGUAAAAGGACCCGAAGAUCCAGAUGCUGGUGCCAACACGAUGUGUCCAUCAAAUGCCAACAUGACCGAUGCCGCACGAAAGAAGUUCCUCGACACGCAUAACUAUCUCAGGUCACGCGUAGCCCAAGGUCUGGAGCCGGAUGCACUUGGAGGAAACGCUCCCAAAGCUUCGAAAAUGCUGAAAAUGGUCUACGACUGUGAUAUUGAAGCAUCUGCAAUCAAGCACAGUCAGAAAUGCGUCUAUGAACACUCAUUACCAGCAGAUCGUGUUGGAUUCGGAGAAAACCUCUUCAGGACUUCAAUACUGAACGCUGAUAGAGUCGAGAGCGCCGCUCAGUCUUCGCAAGCCUGGUGGGAUGAACUCAAAACCUACGGUGUAGGACAGGCAAAUAAUCUAACUCAAGAGCUAUGGAAUAGACCGAAUAUGCAGAUUGGUCAUUAUUCACAGAUGGCAUGGGAUCGCACGUACAAACUGGGCUGCUCGAUUCAGCACUGUCCAUCGUUCACUUACGUUGUCUGCCAAUAUGGCCCACAGUACGUUUAA